GAUUUGGUCAUGUUGGUGUGGGUUGGGAAUGGGAUGUCUUUCCCACUGGAUUCUGAGAUGUGGCAGGUGUUGUGGGAGAACCUGGAGGAGUUGGUGGAGCGAGGCCACCUGCCCUGCUGCAGCUCGUCCAGCUCCACCAAGAGCCCCCAUUCCUCCAAGAGCCAGCUCCCAUGGAGAACCUCUGUCCUUCCAAGAGCCCUCAUCCGUCGGCAAGCCUCCGUCUUUUCAAUAUCCUCAUUCCUGCCAAGAACUCGAUGCCAUAGGAGAGCCUUCAUCCCUCUGAAAGCCUCCAUUCCUUCCAAGAGCCUCCAUUCCUCUGAGAGCUUCCACCUUCCAAGAGCCUGCAUUCCUUCCACAGGCCUCCGUUCCCCUGAGAGCAUGCACCUUUCAAGAGCUUCCAUUAGUUCCACAAGGUUCCAGUCCUCUGAGAGCCUCACUUCUUCCCAGAGUCUUCAUCCCUGCAAGAGCUUCAGUGAGAACUGCCAGACUCCAAAUGGAGUAGCCCCCAUAGACCACUCUCCCUGCUCCCUUGAAGCUGCAGGUAUCAGCAGAACUCACUCAUCCCUGAAGAUGCACAUGGCCAAGGAAAGCCUGGAUGUAAAAAUGGGAGCCCAGCCCAUUCCAGUGAUGUGUUCCCAGGAGCAAGCAGCACAGCAGGAAGAGUCCUGCAGCCACCAGUGUCCAUCCCUUGACUGCUGGGAUGCUGUGGCAGUGCCAACUGGGAACACCCCCUGUAUUGGAGAAGCACAGAAGAGCGCACUCAGUGCAGGAGAAGAUCCUCCAGUGGCAGAGGAAGUUGCAGAUCCCCCAUCUCCAGGGAGCUCUCCCCAGCCAGAUGUUGAGGACCAGGAUGAGGUUUCUGUUUGCAGCUUGGAUACUUCUGCAGAGCAUCUGUGUUAAAUAAACCAGCUUCUUCCCAAAGAGCUGUGCCCUCCACAAGGUUUCUGUUUGCAGCUUGGAUACUUCUGCAGAGCAUCUGUGUUAAAUAAACCAGCUUCUUCCUGAAGAGCUGUGAGUGCUUCCAGUGGUUUGGUUUUGGCUGGCAUAGGGGACAUUUUCCAGACCUGGCUCCUGCAUCUCCUGACGCUGGCCAGAGUGCAGGA